ACACCAUAAAUCGGCCCCAUCGGCAUCGGUCCGCCAAAGCUGUCCAAUAAACCGGAACACGUUCGUCCGCAAUCAAGCGCGGGGAGCUGGCAGGGACUAUGUCUGGUGAGCGAGGAAGCCGGCGACCGGUAGCGCGCCCGUGGCUCGCCCUGGCGCUGCUCGUAGCGCUAUGGGUGGACCAGUGCGCUCAACAGAUACCUCGCAGCGGGACACCAAACGACCGAUGUCCCCGGGUACGGGCGAUGCGCAACUUUAACCUGAACGCCAUGAUGGGCGCCUGGAACGUGAUCCAGUACUACGCGUCGUCGGAGGCGCUGCCCGAGUACGGGUGCAUGCGCAGCUCGUUCUCGACGUCCGACGGGUACGUGACGAUGAACUUCACCUACGUCUUCCUGGACGACCCGGCGGCCGCCUUCCAGCAGGGCAACAUCACCUGGAUCAUCCCGAACUACGAGCAGCCGGCGCACUGGGUGCACGCCGAGAGCAGCUACGAGGAGAUAUACAAUACGUACGUCAUCGACACGGACUACGGCUCGUGGGCCCUGCUGAUGCACUGCGCCGAGAAGACGAAAUCGCAGAAGUAUCUCUCCGCGCUGAUGCUGUCGCGGGAGCCGAUUCUGGCCCCCAACGUGGUCGCCUUUCUACGCGAGAAGCUGCCCCGCUACGACAUCGACGUGGAGCAAAUGUUUCCGAUACCGCAGGAUGGUUGCGCAAGCAGCGACGUAGCCGAAGCGCAACGGUACUACGUGCACAACGUUUGACCAGCGCCGAAUUUGACCAGCAGGCGCAUUGCUAAGUACAGCGCGUGCUAACGGUGACAGUGUUCUUCUUUCGGAUGGCCCGGUGAGAGAGUGCCAGGCGCGAGGAUAUCAGCACAGACUGGAACAGGAUGUGGUUGAGGAGAAAACACGGAACGGAACGCAAAAUCUAUGCCAACCCGGCUCGAGCCGGCGCAUCAGAGAGAACGAAAGAGAGAGAGAGAGAGAGAGAGAGAGAGAAAGAGAAAGAGAAAGAGAGAG